UCAGGCACCUUAGGCGAGCCGCGUUCCCUCCCCGGGCCGGGAUAAGGGCUGAGGGGCUGGCGCUGUGGAGGAACAGAAGCACUCUGUCCGCGACGCGGAGGAGACGGGCGUGUGGGCCACCAGGCCCACCGCACCCCCAAGUCAAGGCUGGGGGACCUUGGAGAUCCAAGCCUUUCCUCUACAGAGGAGGAAACAGGCCCCAGAAGCGGCGUGACUUAGCCAAGGUCACGUAGCAGAACGAGGAUUGGAGCCCAGGGCACUGAAGCGAAGGCAUCUUGCAUCCCAGCUCCUUCCCAGCAUCGAGGUGGGAGGAAGGCCGACUGCUCUGGUGCUGCGGCCUCGCUCUCGCUCCCGCUCUGCUCUCCCGAUGGGACGCCCCUCACCCCAUAUCCCUUUUUGCUACUGAUUCUGCCUCUUGCCCGUAGGCCUCAGGAUACAGCGGACUUGGGCUCCGGCUAGAUCUGGAGGCCCCUCAGGUCUCAGGCUCAGGUCUCGAUGUAAUCCCCCUGACUGGCAGGCCUGGAGGUGGGGCAGAUGAGGCAAACUCGGGGGCUGGAGGUCCUCUCUGAGGCCUCUGCAUGGGUGAGUCAGCCUUAGAAGAAUUGGAAAUGGAGCCAUCCAUGGCAGUCUUGGAAGACAACGGAGUAGGAAGAGAGCGCACCCUGAGGUGAGGGACAAGUCACCCUCUCGUCUGUAGGGGUGGAAAGGGGCGACCAAAGGCCUAUUUCUGCGUUUGUAGAGAACCGCUCUGGGUUACUCUGCCCCGGCAACUGGACAAGGGUCUAAGGAUAACUCUGGGACCAUAACAGCCAUGAUUCUCACAGAUGACCCCAGAUUUCUGCAUUCUGGGCAAUGUCAGGUGCCACUGAACUUGAUCUGACACCUUUUCCUUAGAGGAUGGCCAAGGGGCUCUUGGUGACCUAUGCCCUCUGGGCUGUAGGGGGCCCUGCUGGGCUCCACCACCUAUACCUUGGGCGGGACAGUCAUGCACUGCUCUGGAUGCUUACCCUGGGAGGGGGUGGGCUCGGCUGGCUCUGGGAAUUCUGGAAGCUCCCAAGCUUUGUAGCUCAGGCCAACAGAACCGAGCGGCAGAGGCAGAGCUCCGGAGGGAGGACACCCCCUCUGAGUCUUAUUCGCUUUGUCGCCCAGAUGAUAGUGGGCAUCUAUUUUGGCCUGGUGGCUCUCAUUAGCCUUUCUUUCAUGGCCAACUUCUAUAUUUUGGGCCUCCCACUGGCAGUUGGCUUAGGGGUCUUGCUGGUGGCUGCUGUUGGCAACCAGACCUCAGACUUUAAGAAUACUCUAGGGGCAGCAUUUCUUACUUCCCCUCUCUUCUAUGGCCGCCCCAUAGCCAUCCUGCCCAUUAGCUUGGCUGCCAGCAUUACAGCCCAGAAGCAUCGCCGCUAUAAAGCUUCAGUUGGGUCAGAGACGCUUAGUGUUCGGCUCUAUCGUCUGGGCUUGGCUUACCUGGCUUUCACAGGCCCACUAGCCUACAGCGCCUUUUGCAACACAGCAGCCACCCUCAGCUAUGUGGCAGAAACCCUUGGCUCCUUCCUGAGUUGGUUCAGCUUCUUCCCCCUCCUUGGCCCCCUCACGGAGUCUGUCCUCCUUCUGCCUUACCGGGUCUGGAGGCUGCUGGUGGGGGAUCCUGGCUUCAGCAGCGGCUACUUCCAGGAGUGGGAGAAGCUCUAUGAGUUUGUUAGCAGUUUUCAGGAAGAGAAGCGUCAGCUGGCUUACCAGGUUUUGAGUCUCUCAGAGGGGGCAACAAAUGAAGAAAUACAUCAAAGAUACCGGCAGCUAGUGAAGAUCUGGCACCCUGACCACAACCGGCACCGAACCGAGGAGGCUCAGAGGCAUUUCCUGGAGAUUCAGGCUGCAUAUGAAGUCCUGAGUCAGCCCAGAAAGCCCAGGGGAUCCUGGAGGUGAGAAGAAAUUUCCCCUUGGGGAUGGACUCUUUCUGGCAGAACCAAGCAGCUUGUCCCAGCCCGGCUUUGCCCACUUGGGUCAUCCCAAUAGCGUUAAAGAAACUUGACUGUUUGCAGUGGGGAUGAGAACAACUUAAAGGGGUAAGAAAGCUUUUGUGGUAGAAGAAUGUAUUUAUGUUGCAAAUUUCUGAAUUCUCAUUAUUGUAUUCCUGACAAUUUCUUCUUAAAAUCAGAUAGUGAAAUGAAAGGCAUAUUAUAAAACCAAUAAAAUAUCUUUUAGAGAAUAUACUACCAUGCCCUACCCUGUUACGUUGAUGAGUGAUGGAGGAAGGUUGUUUAUCAAUUUCAUUUCACUCCUUUCCUUUUUUUCCCUUUUCUUUCUUUCUUUCUUUCUUUCUUUCUUUCUUUCUUUCUUUCUUUCUUUCUUUCUUUCUUUCUUUUUCUUUCUUUCUUUCUUUCUUUCUGUGUGCAAAGCACUGAGUUAGGAGAUUGAAGGAAAAAUAUGAAGGUUCUACUAUUUCACAAUCUGUCCUGUGACAGUAGGGAUAAGAGAGGGGUUAAAUUUUAAAAUUUCAGAAAAAUAUCUUGAUUCCGUUUAUAGGAGAGCUUUACUAGGAGCUACACUUUUCCCAAGAAGGAACAAGCUGCUGUGGGGGGCGGGUAGUACCCCCAUCACAAACUCUUCUGCUUGAUGAAGUAUUGUAGAGAGCCCUCAGAUUUUACAUGGGUGGUUGGACUGGCUGAAUUCUCAGGUGUCCCCAAAACUUGGGGUAUGACUCUGAACUAUAUACUCUGCUGCCUAGGAGCUUACAGUCUGGUGGGGGAUAUAACAUACACAGAUAUCAAAGUUCACCUCCUUCAGUGUUUUGAACUAAGUGUCAUAAGAAGUAUAGAGUGCGGGGUACCUGGGUGGCUCAGACGUUGGGCUUCUGCCUUUGGCUCAGGUCAUGGUCCCAGGGUCCUGGGAUCCAGCCCUGCAUCUGGCUCCCUGCUGGCCGGGAAGCCUGCUUCUCCCUCAAGCCACUCCCCCUGCUUGUAUUCCCUCUCUCUGUCAAAUAAAUAAAUAAAAUCUUAAAAAAAAAAAAAGAAGAAGUAUAGAGUGCGCUGGAACAUUGGCUAAGGGACAGAUGACAUUGUUUUAUGGGAACUCAUGGGAAAAUUCAUGAUUUUAUAUCUCAUGUGCCUUUAUGAGAACUUUGGGGAAACUCUAGGGAACCAGCAGCUUGAGCAUCUCAACAGGGUCUUAUUUAGUUCCUAUGUAACCAGCCAAGUGCGGAAGAAACAGCCUAGGAUACACAGGGACACUGGAGAACAGAAACAUGAUGUUAAAAUUAUAUACCUUUACUCUAGCUUUCUUGCUCUUCUUUUGUGUUUGUGUACAUCCCUCAAGCUUUUUUUUUCUUCUUUUUUUUUCCUGGAAAUUAACUCUGAGUGGUAUAUAUAUAUUUUUAAAAAGCAGAAUUAUUUUGGCUAGUAUUCCUUGCAGAUUAAAACAAAAUAUGGUCUUAUCAGUGGAGAAGAACGAAAUUUGUAGAUUUUUUUCUUUGUAUUCAUGUAUUAAAAAAAUUAAAAAAUUUUUGCCAAUGAAUUUUUAUACCAUGAUUUUAAGACCAAAUUAACUUUUACGUCUUUUUAAAGUUGCCAAAAAUUGAUAUACGCUUCUUCUGAAAAACACAAUUUGUCAGAUUAUCACAUGGAAUUUUAAUGAGGCAUUUUCAUAGGCUAUUGAUUAGUAACUUAUUAACAUGAGAUGUAGUACUAUUUCUGCAAAAUGUAAAUAUAUUAAAAAUAGUCUAUAAGGAAAAAGAGACAAAAGAAUGAUUAAGGGCUUUACUUGAUUUGGAAAAUUAUUAUACUGUUCUCAAAUUUUGUUAUGAGCUUUUGAUACAAAAAUAUAGCUAUAUGUUAAUUUAUUCAAAUAGGAACUAUCGAUGAGCAGUUUCUGUUGUUUCAACGGAGCAAUGCUACAAUAAAUAUCUUUAAAUGUG